AUGCAUUUAGGGAUUUCCCAAGUGACAGCUCCACCAGCGCAAGCCGAAAUUGAUCCAGAAGACGAGAAUUUGACUAUGCCGCCGGAACCUCCCGUUAACGAUGUAUACAAGGAGGCACAUCAAUCCGACGAUAUACUCUCUGAAGAUGGUGCGUCCGAAACCUCAUACAAUGGCACUCUGUCCGAGGGAAUAGAUGGAUCUACGAAGAUACCACUGAUGCCCCAGGAAGGGCGCGGGAAAACCCCGUUCAAGUGUCCGUAUUGCUUCUUUAGCAUCACUGUUCGAGAUGAUCGGGCAUGGGCACAGCACAUUCUCCGGGAUUUGAUAUGGCUGCCGACUGUGGUACUCCCACGUUCAGCAAGCACAUCCAAUCACCGAUACUUCUUCUCAAUGCACGAUUUGCAACCAGAAGACCUCCUUUCUGUCGAGUUCCAGCAACAUGUUGCUGGGCACUUACAGGAACUUGCCCUCUUUUACCUGUCCCGAGUAGCACCAGAGAAGGAUAAAGACCUAGAAAUGAGACAAGAAGAGGGAGGACAGAAUGUGAAUGCAGAACAACGCUUGAACAGCUUUGAUGCCGAAAAGAAAAAUACCGAGGAGAGAACGAAGGCCAAGUUAAAGAAGGGAAAGUCAAAGGUGUCGCCAGAAAUGGAAGAAGAUGAGGAUAACCUCGUACGGGAUAUUGCCGAGGAAGUCACUCGAAAUCUGUACGGGGUGGUGGAGAACCUCGAGAAGCAGACUGUCCCCAAAGAGGCCACUAUUGAAGAAUGGAAGCUCGUGCAAGAACGCACCAAGCAGAAGAAAAGAGAGAUUAGAGAGCAGCUGCGCAAUAUUGGUUACAGCAAUGAGGAGAUUGAGAAAUUCACGAAUAAGAAAAUGCGAGAACAGAUGGAGAGCACAAAGAAGGAGGCAAAGGAAAAAAGAACGAAGAGUAUGUGGAGGACUAGAGUCCACCGCAAGGACCUGCUGCCAGACACAGUGAUAGCAUAUAAUCUGCCUUGGGAUUGGGAUGAGAACAACAAACAGUACAUUAUAAUCAAACAGUUGGUAUCCAGGGAGCUUCUACAAGAGCUUUUCUCCCACACUCGAAGUAUACGUGAGGGAAAAGUCGUCGUCCAAACAUCCAAAUCCAUGACCGAACUGAAGGCUCAUGACGGCGACGCGUACAAGAAGCACCCCCGGAAGGAGAUCGUCAAUACUUCCUAA